AUGGAUUCGCGAGGUAGAUUUAGAAUAAACCCCAUUUUGUCGAGUGACUCUGAAGAUGAAACAGGUAAUAUUAUAGCAACUCGCGCUAUUAUUGAAACUCCUAUUGACCCAGUCUCGCCAGUUAACCGUGAUAGAAGGGUCAUGGAACACAAUAUCACAAUCACUGAGACAACAGAUUCAGAAAAAGGAACAGGAAAUAAGGAAAAAGAAAUCUACAGAUGGAAAAAUACUAAUCAAACAAACUGGAAAAGAAAUAAAGAGUUGGAGAAGAAACGAAAAUGUUUGCCAUUUACAUUUAAAUUUAUUAAAACUGGAAAGUUUCUUGCAGCUAAACUACCUAAAAGUCCUAAAUGCAGCCAAAAUUGUCGCCAGAAAUGCUCAGAAAAGUUUACACAAAACGAGCGUGAGAAACUUUGCAAAUCCUAUUGGUCUAUACAAGAUUUUAAGCUGCAAAAUGAGUUUUUGCUUAAGCGCAUCAUCAUUAAGCCAGUGCAGACUACAAAAAAAUCUGAACCGAUCGAAAAACAAAGAAGUUCUAGCAGAGAAUACGGUUUCUAUAAAAAUAAGACUGUAUAUGAACGAGUAUGCAAGAACUAUUUUAUGUCCACUCUUUGCAUUUCUACUGGUCAGGGUGUGGAUGCAUGGUGUAUUUACAAAAAAUGGAUAAUCGUGGCAGACAAGCGCCUGCAAACAAAACUCCUGGAGAACAGAUACAAGAGAUCUAAAGAGCUGGAUAAAAAGAAGUCGGGAGAAGAUGAAUCAUAUUUGUGUGUCACCAUGGACUUGCAAAGUCUACUGCAGAUUCCAUCGACUGCAGAUAGUCUAAUGUAUUAUUCCAGGAAAUUAAAUUUAUAUAAUUUAUCUAUUUAUGAGUUUAAACCUCCACAGAACGACGCUCACUGUAUGAUCUGGACGGAAAUAAACGGCAAAAGAGGCAGUGUUGAAAUAGCAUCUGCUAUUCAUUUAUGGAUAAAGAAUCUCCUCGAGGUUUUAACGCACGUCACCAUUUAUUCCGACACGUGUUCGGGACAAAACCGAAAUCGGUACAUAGCAGCAUUUUUAUUGUACUUAGUACAUACGCAUGAGACAAUCAAAGUAUUAGAACAGAAGUAUCUAGAAAGUGGUCAUAGUUUUAUGGAAGUAGAUUCAAUGCAUAGUGCCAUAGAAAAAGAAAAAAUGUACACAGACACGUAUUCUAUAAUAGAUUGGAAGGGAAUUAUGCUACGCGCAAGAUCAAAAAGACAAAAUAAAAAUGUAACUCCAUAUAAUGUAACUGAAUUAUCAUAUCAAGACAUGAUUGAUGUAAAAGCACUUGCUUCGAAAAUAAUUAAAAACAAAACUACAGCGGAGAAUGGGGAGAAAGUGUGCUGGUUGAAUAUAAAAUAUCUUAGAUAUGAAAAAGAAUUACCUGGUUUUAUUAAAUACAGAUACGAUUACGAUGGGCCAUAUAACUUACUAAAUACUCUUUGUAAACCAGGGAGACCGACUAGGAGAACUCCAAACUCUGAAAUGCCAACUAUAAAUACUGAAGAUCUUCCCCGGGCAUAUAAACAAUGUCUUCCUAUAACAAAACAAAAAAAGAAAGACCUUUUACAGCUCUGUAAGAAAAAUAUAAUUCCAAAAGAGCUUCACGGCUGGUACGAAAGUUUACUAUGUUCAAAAGAAGACCAGGGUCCAUCACGCUCCACUGAUUCAUCUGAAGUCGAUGAGUAA